AUGUAUUGCCAGAAAUGUCGGACCCCGUUGAAGUUGGACAACUCGCUUGAGUCGCUCAAUCCAGCGGCCUUUGACUUGCUCGUCGGCUCAACGGGCAAAUCCAACCCAGAGAACACGGCCACUUCCUCCACGCGCCUAUCGUAUCCCCCCGACAGACGAGAGCUCUACGAUCGGGUCUCCAAGAAUGCUACAGCACCAGUCUAUCGAAGAUCAAUUCCCGCGCCUCGGCCUGCCAGCAAUGGGCAGAGUCAUCCUUCCCGACUAGGCCGGGGGGACAGCGGCAACAUGUCGUUUGUGAUGCUCACAGAGUCCCAGGUUGGACCGCCCCACGCUUCGAGCACAAACGGAGAAGGUCAAGCAUGGGGGAACCAGCGGGCAUCCGGCGCUCAACCCAGUGAGCGCGAACAAGAAGACGGAGCCUUCUCAGAUCAAGUGGAAAGGACAAAUCGACUCUUCGAGGUUAUAACUGCCCGUUCCGAUAUCGAUCAUCCCGUCUGUGUUGAGUGCACGGAGAUGCUUGUGGACGGUUUACAGAAGCGGCUUGUUUCUGCGACCAAGGAGCGGGAUGCCUACAUCUCAUUUCUGAGGGAUCUGAACUCAUCGGUUCCUAGCGCUGAGGAACUUGAGGCGGCUGAGAAGUCGCUCAAGGAAACUUUGGAAGCGGAGGAGGCGGCGUUCGCAGAACUAGUUGAGCUGGAGAAGGAGAAGGCUGCGUUGGACGAGGAGAUUGCUGAUCUGGAGGAACAGUCGCAGCAGCUAGACCUCGAGGAAGAGAAGUUCUGGCGGGACCGGAACGCGUUCGCGUUGACGCUCUCCGAGUUUCAGAAUGAGCGCGAUGCCUUGAAUAUGCGGUACGACCAUGAUUCACGCCAGCUGGAACGGCUACAACGAACAAAUGUCUACAAUGACGCCUUUUGCAUAGGCCAUGACGGCUACUUUGGGACCAUCAAUGGUCUGCGACUGGGUCGUCUGACUAACCCCUCAGUGGAGUGGCCCGAGAUCAACGCUGCUUGGGGCCAAACAGCGCUCCUGCUGGCCACCAUCGCUGAGAAAUUGGGAUUCGAGUUUCAAGGAUACCGAGUGAAGCCAAUGGGGUCGAUGUCGAGGAUCGAGAAGAUCGAGGAUCCUCGGCCGUCGCCAGCCCAGUCUGUGCUUGGGGGUGGUACCGCAGACGCUUCGGCGGCUCCCAAGAUCACCACGCUCGACCUGUUCUCUUCCGGCGACCUGCCACUCAAUCUUCCCUGGCUUCACCGCCGGUUCGAUGCGGGCAUGGUCGCCUUUCUCGAAUGUUUACGUCAGCUGGGUGAAUUUGUGGAGUCGACGCCGCCGCCGGUCUCUUCGACUCGCCGGGGUCACGGCAACACUGCUGCAACAGGCCUGAAGCUGCCGUACGAGAUCAAACGCGACAAAAUCGGCGAUGCGAGCAUCAAACUGGGAUUCAACCAGAAUGACGAGACCUGGACGCGAGCCUGCAAGUACACGCUGACAUGUUGCAAAUUCUUGCUCGCGCAUGCAAGCAAUGUGGCCAGUGCUGGCUCCAGUAACUCUGCUGCCGUGGCGGCUGCAGCCGUUGCAGCCGGCGAACAGGCCAGGCUCGCUACGGCGAGUCCUACUAGGAAGUAG